AUGGAGAAAGAGAAGAAGACCAAGAAGCCGGGAAGCUUUGGAAUUACAAGAGAAAUCGUUCAUACAUUGCUUGUUUUCGUAGCUUUGAUAACUUGUCUGAUAACCAGGUAUUCGAAAAAAUGGUUCUCUUACACCAUUCAUGACCCUGGUGGAGGCGAAGAAUCAAUAGACAUUGCUGUUGGUAUCUCUUCCUGUUGCCUCAACACAAGUUGCUAUCCUUCUGGUGGCACCGGCUACUUCCCAGAUGCAACUCAAAAAGCUUCCAUUGAUGCCAGAGAAAACCUCACUAUUUCUGUCUUCCUUCUUAGUUUUGGUCUUCUGAUAAGCGUCGCCGAGUUAUCUAUGGAUACCAAAGCGCUUCCAGCAUCGCAAUUUCAAAAAUUGAAAUUUCUGCGAAUAAUGAUGUUUAUUUUGGUCCUUUUUGGUUGUGUUUUCAGCGGGAUGUCGGCAAAAUCGUCACUUUCUGAAGGCAAACUUCCUUGGAUUGGGCAUUGCCGAGGAUACUGCAACUUCUUUAAUACUCAAGAAGGCGCGAUUUCUACUUUUACGGAAUUCAAAAAGUUCUGCGAGAUCGUCAAGAAGAAAACUCCCGAAGAACUCGUUGACGGCCAAGAAAAAGAUCCGAAAAUUGGACUUGGAGUCAUUUUUAUUUUUCUGAAUGAAUCGAAAGAAUCAACAGAAAAAACGACCGGUUCUGAGAAGGAAAACGACGAAAAAGGAGCUUCAAAAGAAUCUUCUGAAGAAAAAUCAGAAGAAAAUAUGACAGAGGCCGAAAAAAUCGCCAAGAAAAUUAAAGAUAGUCAAGAUAGAUGGGCAGAAAAGCAGAAGAAAAAAGCUGAAGAGGAAGCAGAAAAGGAAAAAGCAAAGGAGGUGGAGAAAAAAGAAGAGCUUUCAGAAUCGCCCGAGAUGGAAAAAUCGAAAUACGAAAUUUACAAAAUCGUGGAAGAGGAAGAAGAGGAGCACAUUGAGGAUUAUGAUAACAAAUUCAUGAUCUGGCAUUUUGGUGCGAUCCCGAGAGAGCUGUUCAAAUUCGAUCUCGAAGAAGCGGAGAGACAAGAAGCCCUGCUCGAGUGCGACGAUUCUGAAGCUCUUCAUCAAGCUCAUUUGAAGCUUCCGAAAGCGGAAAUAGAAAUUGCAUCCGACAGAUCGAUAAAUUCAACUCCCGAUAAAAGGAAAAAGAAGAAGAAAAAGAAGCCAAUGUUUAGGAGAAAAACGAUUGAUGUCAUUGAUAAAACAUUGUUGCUGGCCGCGAUGUUUGGGAGAACUUUCAAAAGGCCGAAUUCAGCGUGUAGAAUUCGUUACGGGAUGAUCCCGCUGUUAGAACGUCCCGGCGAUUUAGAAUCUCCAGAAGCACUUCCGGUGACUCUACGCGAUGCCAAAUACGAGAGCGAGGAUCAGAAACAGGCGCUAAGCACCAGACCGGAUCUGGCAUUUGAAGAUGAGAGCUACCAACUCAUGAGCGGCCAAGCAACAAAAACAAACUGGAUGCCGAUGAUCAAAACUGAGCAGAGAACGGAGCUAGAAAUUCUCCACGAAAUGAUCAACUGCCGCCGCCGGAAGAGAACAUCUUACAAGUCGAGCUCGUGA